AUGACCCAGUGGGCGUUCAUGCGGUACCGUGCGCUGCCGCAGGGGGAAGUGACGGCAGAGGAGUUCUGGGCGUGGCUGGGGCAGUACGAUGCGGACCACGACAGCCGGAUCAGCCGGGAGGAGCUGCAGCGCGCGCUGCGGAGCCUCAACCUGUGGUUCGCGUCAUGGAAGGCGCGGGAAAGGGUGCAGGCCGCGGAUGCCAACCGCGACGGCGCCGUCGGCAAGGAGGAGGCCGGCCGGCUCUUCGCCUACGCGCAGAGGCAGCUCGGCAGCAAGAUCACCCAGCUCGGCUCCUACUGA